CGAGAGGGGAAGACCGACCCAGCGAGGGAGGGAGCCAAGAAACUAUCGACGUCAGUGGCGGACGAAAUUUCAGGGAAUCGCCAGCGAGAGCAGGAGAGUAUCACUCUACCACGACGCGUUUCAGCUACCGCUUCGACUCACUUGUCCCUACCCAUCAUGGGAGGGGAGGAAACAUACCCGUAUCCCAGUGCCCCGGCAGGACCAUAUGAGGAUUCGUCCAGAGGUGGUCCUUACAGUGACCGGCCUACAGCACCUUAUGGACCCUACGAACACCCACAUAGUACUGCAAAUGCUCCAGCUCACUCCUUCCCUCACCCUUCAAGUGAUCCAUAUGGAAAAAUUCAGUCUUUAAGCAGGCCAUCACAGUCUUCUGACUCUUACAGUGCAUCUGCUCCUCCUCACUCUGCGUAUCCUCAGCAAGGUCCCUACCCCCAAGGACCUCAUGGAUCAUUCCAUGGAGCAUCGUAUCCUCCACAUGGUGCACACAAUGUGAACGCUGUAACAGAUGGAGUAGCAGGGCUUGGAAUUCAUGGAGCUGCUCCAGCGGGCUAUCCUCCAGCAGGGUACCCCCCUGCAGGGUAUCCUCCUGCGGGAUAUCCUCCACAGGGCUCAGGGCAUGGUGCGCCGCCACAAACCUAUUAUCCUUCAUCAGCAGGAGUUUACCCCCCUGCUGGUCAUAUAGCCCAUGGAAGCCACUCUGAAGGGCACCCCGAGAAGGAGAAGGAUAAGAAGGAUAAGAAGGACAAAGACAAGAAGGACAAGGAUAAGAAGGAUAAGAAAGACAAAGACAAAGAGGGCAAAGAGAAGAAGGACAAAGACAAAGAGGGCAAAGAGAAGAAGGAUAAAGACAAAGAGGGCAAGGAAAAAAAAGACAAAGACAAAGAAGGCAAGGAUAAGAAGAAGGACAAGGAGGGGAAAGAGAAGAAGGACAAGGAGGGGAAAGAGAAGAAGGACAAGGAGGGGAAAGAGAAGAAGGACAAAGACAAAGAAGGCAAAGAGAAGAAGGAUAAGAAGGACAAAGAUAAGGAUGGGAAGAAGGACAAAGACAAAGAUCACAAGAAGGAUAAGAACAAGGAAGGCGGCAUUUCUGGAAUCUUGUCAAAUUUCAUGUAAUCUUAGCUACCAGCGACCUGAAAGUAUCGAGGCAAGCCAGAAAGCUAGGAGGUUUGUGUUGAAUAUUGUCCCUGCUUGGUUUGUUCUUGUUAUCUGUGUGAAUAAAGCUUAUGUCUCUUCAUCUAGAAUAUAAGAGUUAUUUCCUUUACGCUUUUGUACAAAUCCGUGCAGCACUUUCUAGACCUGUUUCUAGAAUGUGGUCUUUCAAAAGCAUGGUGUAGUGAGUGAAGCUUGUACAAAUCAACAAUGAUCUGCUUACGGCAUCCAAGAAACAGGUCUCUUUAUAGAUCAAAUGAAUUUGUGCACUCGAUUGAUUAUGUUGUAUGCAUCUCAGAAGACGCCACAAAUUCAGAUGUAAUAGCUGAUGCAAAUCAAGCAUGUGAACCUUGGACCUGA